CUUUAAAACUUUAAAACUCCACAACUUAAAAUAUUUUCAAUAACAGUGGAUUUUAUAGUACUUUAUAAAAUGUCAAGUUCAAUAACACUAGAUUUUAAAUGAGUUUUUUAAAUUCAUGUUUCAAUAACGGUGGAUUUUUCAUUUUCACAUAAAUCACCUAAAACUUUUAAUUGAAUACAUCCCCUAAUUGUAGAAUGAAAUACAUCACUAGGUUGUAAACCCCACUUAUGUACAAAGAACAUUCAGCUACAACUAGAAAAAAGAUGUUGGAGCAAUUUUAUGGCCAAAACCUAAAUAGAUCCAGCAAAAGAAUAUGUACAAAGAAACGAAAAAUGAUAAAUGAAAAACAAAAGCAAUAUAACUUUGUCGCUGAAGAACAAAAAAUAACUAAGGAUGGUUGAUUUCCUAAUUAAAUUUAAUUAAUAAUUGUAACUUCUUAUUUAGACACUAUUAUAAGCCAAACAUUUAAAUGUUAAAAUUAAAUGAACACAUGUGAACACCAACCUAGCUCGCUCCCUACAAAGCCUUGAAAAAACUAUUAUAAAUACACACCUCUCGGACAAUCUCCUUUAGCUCUAAGCUUUCAUUUCUUCCUUCUAUAUUCACAAACUUAAAGAGAACUCUAUCCUUAAGCUGUAAAUAUUCGACUUAAUUACUUUGUUAACUAAGACCGGCGUGACAGUGAUAAAAGUAGAGAUGGGAGGUCCUGGAUCAUCACCAUGUGCUUCGUGUAAGCUUCUUCGACGACGCUGUGCAAAAGAUUGCAUAUUUGCACCUUAUUUCCCUCCUGACGAUCCUCACAAAUUCGCCAUUGUUCAUAAGGUCUUCGGCGCAAGCAACGUCAGCAAAAUGUUGCAGGAGCUACCGGUUCAUCAAAGAGCUGACGCGGUGAAUAGUCUGGUUUUCGAAGCAAACGCACGAGUAAGAGAUCCAGUAUAUGGCUGCGUAGGAGCAAUCUCUUACUUGCAAAAUCAAGUCUCACAGCUUCAAAUGCAACUAGCAGUAGCUCAGGCCGAGAUUCUCUGCAUCCAGAUGCAACAGGAGCCAAAUUUACAGUCUCAUCAUCAAAUACUUGAACUAGACCAAGACGAUAAAAUUCUCUUGCUACACAACAACAUCGAUAACUGCAACAACAACAGUAAUAACAACUUGGGUUAUGCUAUGUCUUCCCGGCAGUUCAACUCUAACUUUGCUUCUCCAAACAGUAUGCAAAUGCAGAUGCAAAUGCAAGACCCUCUGAAGCAAGAAUCUCUUUGGACUUGACUUAAGCUAUUAUUGUAAUAUAAUCUUGUUGUUUCGAAAACUCAUCAGUGAAGUCUCGACAAGUUUGCUUCUUGGCUAUGUUGAAAAAGAGAAGAUGGGAACAAGUUUCGUGUAAGGAAAGUAAUAGUACAAGUCAAAAACUUAAAUGCAUGCAUGUGAUGGUGAUAAGAUGUCGUUCGAAUAGAAGCUUUAGAAUUAGAGAUCUGUUUUUAUUUUUCCCUCUUAAUUUAGUUCACUAUUUCUAUUUUUCAUCUUCACAUCGUUUGAACAGUGAAAAAUAGAUCUAUUUCCAAACCCAGUCUAGUUUUCUUCACGUCUUCGAGAUUUUUUUUAUGAUUUGUCAUUUUACUAAAGAAGUCUUCAAUAAACCAACUACACUACGUUGAACUAGUUGAGAGAAGGAGAUAUUUGAUGUUUAUUUAAUAAAUUUUUCCUAAAAAAACAAGCAAAUAACUUUUUACUAUAUAUAUAGACUAAAUGUAGAUUUUCUUUCUACUUGCGACAAAGUGAAGUUGAAAUUGAAAUCCACAUUUCAUUCAAAAACAAAUCUACAUGAUUCAACCUUUACAAUUUGUUUGACUUAUAGAUUUAUUCAUUCGACCGACCGAUUUGAUUAAUCAUAAGCAACACGUCAGAACGUAAAGUCGCCUGUGCUGUUGCCUUUUUACUUAUCAUUUUUUAAGCAUAUGAAUUAUAAUUCAUAAAUUCGAUUAGAAAAGAGGAGGUGGUGGGUUGAAUUUGAUUAUGUUAUCUCCAUUGCUAGUGUUCAUGUGAUCAGUAGAUGAAAAUUUAUAAUAUUGCCUGUCAACACGAAAAAGAGACGAAUCUUAUGACUCAAAAUAAUUGAUCAGUUCCUUCAGAAAUUAUUAUUUAUAUAAUUUUUUUUUGGUGAAAUAUUUAUAUAAUUGUUUUAAUGCUUUUUUUUUUGACUAAUUUUUUUUUUUGACUAAUUAAUUGUUUUAAUGCUCUUAACUUGUUUUUUAUGAUACCAAGCCAGAUAACUUAGAACUGUCUUAUUCUCAUCAUACAUGUAUAAUAAAUAUUCUAAUUAUUGGGAUGAUAUAUAUCUUGACAUUUUACACGUAACACCUUUCUGUUUUUUCCUACAAGGGAACAAAACUCUUUUUAGUGCGUUUGCCUGAAACCCUCUCUUAGAGCAUGAUUAGCAGGAAAGAUCCAUUUGAAGAUUUUAAAACAAGAUUUGACACUUUCUAAUAUGGAACACGUUUUUUAUAUUACACUAAGAAUCUCAUC